CCGGUUGACAACACCUUACGCCACGUUACUAGCAAUACAUCUUCCAGAAGCAACAUCAAAAUGAGCAAUCUCAAAUAUAACUUGUCACUUUCCAUACUUGCCCCACACCUUUUCAACCUGCCACCCCCUCAAAAAUAUCUGAGCCGCUCUUUAUUUACUCUUUAUUCGCUAGUCCUCCAUGUUGACACUCACAGAUAUCACUUGGCUUGAUCUAUGUCUUGCAGGUGCCGGUGUUUAUCUCGUAAAGCAGGUAUUCACCCAGAAGAAUCCUGCACCAUACCCCCCAGGUCCCCCAGGCCGACCUCUCGUCGGCAAUAUCCCAGACAUGCCUCAAGACAAGCCCUGGCUCACAUUCACUGAGUGGGGCAAGAAAUAUGGCGAUAUCUCACAUGUCGAGGUUCUGGGCCAGCACAUCGUCAUCCUGAACUCUGUCAAGACCUCCGUGGAAAUGCUCGAAAAGAAAAGCUCCGUCUACUCCGAUCGACCUGUCCUCCCUAUGGGUGGCGAACUUGUCGGCUGGAAAAACACUCUCGUUCUUCUCCCUUAUGGCGACCACCUGCGCGAGUACCGCAAGCAUUUCCAUCGCGUCAUCGGCAGUCGCGCCGCCUUGGACGUCUACAAUCCGAUCGAGGAAGUCGAGACCCACCGAUUCCUGAAGCGCGUACUGGCGAAACCCGACCAACUCCAGGCACACGUUCGACACACCGCUGGCGCUAUCAUUCUGCGGAUUUCUCAUGGCUAUGAAGUGAAGGAGAACAAUGAUCCGUUUGUCGACCUUGCCGACCGUGCUGUCGAUCAAUUCUCAAAGUCCACUGCUACCGGUGCCUUCAUGGUUGACAUUAUGCCAUCCUUGGCAAAGGUUCCUGAGUGGCUUCCUGGUGCUGGCUUCAAGCGCAUAGCACGUGAAUGGCACGAGACCCUCGAAGAGAUGGUCGCCGCACCCUACAAAUUCGUCAAGGAUCAAAUGGCUGCUGGUAUCGCCCCCAAGUCUUUCACCUCGAAUCUCCUGGAAGGCCGAACUUUGUCUGCCGAAGAGGAUCACAUCGUGAAAUGGUCCGCUGCAUCCCUAUACUCCGGUGGUGCCGACACGACAGUUUCGGCAAUAUAUUCAUUUUUCCUGGCUAUGACGCUUUUCCCUGAUGCGCAGAAGAAGGCUCAGGCUGAGAUUGAUGCCGUUAUUGGUCCUGAUCGUCUUCCGACUUUCGCUGACCGCGACUCCCUCCCCUACACUGAGGCGCUCGCGAAGGAAGUCCUUCGCUGGAAUGCUGUCGUGCCUACCGCUGUUCCUCACCGUGUUAUUGAGGACGACAUUCAUGAUGGGUACUACAUUCCCAAAGGCACUUUGAUAAUACCCAACAUUUGGUUCAUGCUCAAUGAUCCUCGGACAUACGCUAACCCCUCGGAAUUCAACCCUGAGCGCUUCUUGGCCAAAGAAGGAAAAGAGCCUGAGACCGAUCCUCGCACGAUCUGCUUCGGUUUUGGUAGACGUAUCUGCCCAGGUCUCCAUCUCGCUGAUGCGUCUGUCUGGAUGUCUGCUGCGAUGUCACUUGCUGUGUUUGACAUUUCCAAGGUUAUCGAGAAUGGCGUCGCGAUCACUCCCGAGGUUGACCCCUCGUCAGGUACUAUCAGCCACCCCAAACCCUUCAAGUGCUCCAUCAAGCCCCGUUCUGCCAAAUCCCUUGCGCUCAUUCAGGAAGAUGCAAACUACUAAGCGCACGACGACGAGACACGCAGGGAUGCAUCCGUUGCUUUGGAUGGCAACUCACUUUCGACAUGGCUUUGUAUAUUGCACUUUGAGGUUUGUGCAAGAUUGGUUGGUUGGUUGUGUAUCGCGGUAUCAUAUAAAUAUGUAUAUGUCAUUUUACCUUCAUCUUGUUGGAAUAAUUUACGAUUGUGCGAAUGAUAUUAUCGUGACUUUGCCUUGAA